UUGGCGGUACAUUGUUGCCACGGUAACGGCUGGGCGUUUGAGGGCACCUCGAGAAACCGGAAGUGCGUGUCGUUGUAAUCCGCUCCACGAAAAAAGGAUGGCUGACGACGAGAGCGUCAAAACGGAGGUUUCGCUGCCUGUGUCCUUGAAAGCGCGCCCUAAAAAAGCCCCGGAGCUUCCAAUCCUUGAGAGGAGGAACUGGCUGAUCCAUCUACACUACAUCCGUAAAGACUAUGAGUCCUGCAAGGCAAUUAUAAAAGAGCAGCUGCAGGAGACUCAGGGUGUGUGUGAAUAUGCCAUAUAUGUCCAAGCUCUGAUUUUACGUUUAGAGGGAAAGAUCCAGCAGUCUCUAGAGCUGUUUCAGAGCUGUGCCAUCCUCAACCCAACCAGCUCGGACAACCUCAAGCAAGUGGCUCGCUCGCUUUUUCUCUUAGGGAAACAUAAGGCCGCCAUCGAGGUUUACAACGAGGUGGCUCGUCUCAAUCAGCGAGACUGGGAGAUCAACCAUAAUCUCGGGGUUUGCUACAUCUACACUAAGGACUUCAAGAGCGCUGAAGAGCAUCUAAACAUGGCGCUCCAGCUUAACAAGCACAACAUGACCUACAUGAUGCUGGGAAAGGUCUACCUGUUACAGGAAGACACCGAGAAGGCCAUUGAGAUCUACAAGAGUGCAGUGGAGUUUUCCCCUGAGAACACAGAGUUGCUCACCACACUAGGACUCUUGUACAUGCAGCUCGGCAAAUAUCAGAGGGCCUUUGAACAUCUCGGGAACGCCCUGACGUACGACGCGAACAAUUACAAGGCCAUCCUGGCAGCAGGAAGCAUGAUGCAGACACAUGGAGAUUUCGACGUGGCCAUGAACAAGUAUCGUGUGGCAGCUUUCACCGUGCCAGAAAGCCCUCCGCUCUGGAACAACAUCGGCAUGUGCUUCUUCGGCAAGAAGAAAUAUGUAGCUGCCAUAAGCUGUCUGAAGCGAGCGAACUACCUGUCUCCAUUUGACUGGAAGGUCUUGUAUAAUCUCGGCCUGGUGCAUCUCACCAUGCAGCAGUACGCCUCAGCUUUCCACUUCCUCAGCGCCGCUAUUAACCUUCAUCCACGCAUGGGAGAGCUCUACAUGCUCCUCGCUGUUGCCCUGACCAAUCUGGACGAUGUGGAAAACGCACGCAGGUCAUACGAACAAGCCGUUCAGCUGGACGAAUCCAAACCGCUGGUGAAUCUGAAUUUCGCCGUGCUGCUGUAUAAUCAGGGCGACAAGAAGGCGGCGCUACAGCAGUACCAGGAGAUGGAGAAAAAAGUCAACACGUUGAUCGAGUGCAACAGCAACACCGAGUUUGACCCCGAGCUUGUGGAGAUGGCUAAUAAAUUGGGUGCAGCCCUUCAGGCUGGGGACAAUUUAUUCUGGUCGAAACCAAGCAAAGAGUCCAAGAGCAGCCAGCGCUCAUCUUCCAGCAAGCCGUUCUCCUCACAGCAGCCCCUGGGUUCCAAUCAGGCGUUGGGUCAGGCCAUGUCAUCUGCUGCAGGCUAUAGCAAAAGCAUGCAACUGGCUGCAGAGCCAGAUGUUGAGAAUGCGCCAGCGCCUCCCUCUGAGCCACCAGGGGACGCUAAAGGUGAUGGUGAUGAAGAACAUCUUAAAGUCAGGGAGAAGAAAAGGAGCAAACCCAGAGCAGUGGCAGAGUAAAGCACGAACAAUUGCGGCCCUAUUCAUAGCGCAUUUAUUUAUACAUCGUUUAUACAAAGAGCUUUUGCGAUACGAUCUCUGUGACAAUAUCGCUCAGACACACUCUUGGUUCUCGAGUCUGCCAUGUUCUUGACUUUUUUUUUAGUCUGAACCUGAGGACGCCACAGGAAUCAUUAGACUUGUACAGAAAUAUAUAGACAUAUAGACAUGGCUAUGUUGUUUAAAGCACAUGAACACUAACAGCAUGUACUGUAAUGUACUAUAUGUAUUUUUUUGGAACUAGAAUAAAUAUCUGCAUUUA